AUGCUUAAAGGUCGACGGACGCGAAAUGCUGAAAAGAUUUCUGCCAAACCUUUUCACGAUGAUACUGCCAGUCCGAAGCGUAAGGAUAUUAAAUUCGCCUCUAAAGACAAUAAUGACAACGUUGAAGCGGUUCAACAGAUAAAUCACAUUACUGCUAAAUUCCAUAGUGUGGAACCCAUGAAGCUUCGUGGGGGUCGUGUUAAAACAUCGGACAUAUCACAAUAUUUAGAGAAAAAAACAAAUCCUAACAUUAAAGAUGUCAUAAACUCUAUCGAUCCACUACAAACUGACGAUCAAAGCAUCGAUAUUACAAACAAUAAUCCUGAUGACGUUUCUGAGGUGCAAUUGUUAGAUUUGCCUGCUUCAGAAACAAGAGACGAAGAAGUUGAUUCAAUAAAAUCAAUUAACAAUAACAUAUUCCUACAGGAUCCAGUGUUAAGCCUAAAUUUCUCAAAAAUAUCGAACGCACAAAAUCAAAGUUUUAAAAUGAUGCACAAUUCUUUUCUAACAAACUCAGAAAUAAAAAUUGAACCCUUCUCAUCGUCAAUGCAACCAAAGAUAAACUCUUUCUGGAAAGUGAACAGUAUGAAGAGCUCGGAAGAUCGGAAAAAGACAUCAAUUGUAAAUGUUGACCAGCAUGUGCUAGAUCUCUCUAAACCAACACAAGUAACACAGAUCGAUUCUACAACCACUGCGGAAAACUUACUACACGAUGGAGAUAACUCUUGCGAUAGUGGUGACAGCGGUGUUGUUAUCCUAUCAGGGUCGGACGGAUCUGUUGUAACCUUGUCGCACAUAAAUGACCAAACUGAAUCGGCAAUGAGCAGCGACCAAAUAAAAAAUUCUGAGAAGCGAAAAAAGCCAGCAACUCCUCAUAGAAUUCUGUGUCCCUCGCCAGCUAAAAAUGCAAUAAUCUAUUUGCAAAGUCCACCAGGCCUGUUAAAUGCGGCUGCUUCGGAAAACGAUCGUAGCAAAAAACGAGCCAUUACCAAUAAAACUCGAAAAAGGCUAAUUGUAAAAGAUGAUGCAAUUUCGAAAGGUGAAGCAGCAAAGCCGGACAUAGAAUUAAAACCCCAAAAACCGGAUGAUUCUGAAAGCGAAAUGUGUAUUACAAUUAGACCAGAGGCAAAAAAUAAGAUGCAAGUGCAAAAUCGUCAACUUGUUAGACACGCUAAUCCUAACCAGAUCACUGGUUGCAGUAAAAAAAUUACGGAAUUCUACCCCAUAAGACGAAGUGUACGGAAGACAAAAAAGGAAGUUCAAGUUGAGCGGGAUCGUGAUAUCGAACAAGCCAUUGGAGAAGGACGCGAAGAAGGGCUGAAGAUCGAGCAUUUUGAAGGAAAGGGCCGUGGCAUUGUAACCACACGCCCUUUUUCGAAAGGUGAAUUUGUUGUAGAAUAUAUUGGCGACCUUAUAAGUGUUUCCGAAGCAAAACAACGAGAGCAAAUAUAUGCAAAAGAUGAUAAUACUGGGUGUUACAUGUACUACUUCAGACACAAGAAUCUACAACAUUGUAUUGAUGCAACAGCCGAAAGUGGAAAGCUGGGACGGCUAGUUAACCAUUCGCGAAAUGGUAAUCUGGUUACCAAAACUGUCCCCAUCAAUAAUCAACCUCAUCUUGUGCUUAUUGCCAAAGAGGAUAUUGGAAAAGGCGUUGAAGUAACGUACGAUUAUGGAGACAGAUCAAAAGAAGCAUUGCAACAUUAUCCAUGGUUGGCAUUAUAA